UCUCAUAGGUCAAAGGCCACGGGUACGGUGGCUUCCCGAGUUCCACAGUUCGGAUCGUCGUGACCUUCAAAUUGCCGAUCGGGGAAUACGAGAUCGUGAGCGUUGUCCAUAUGAGAAUUCUGGUGGAUGCCUUUCCUCGUUAAAGUUCGAAUCUAGUAGACAAGGUGGCAGCUAAUUCAGGUGACCCGAGUCACGAGCGGAUCUACGAAAAGUCGCACCUCUUAACUCAAACAUGAAGCUUUCUCUUGUGUUCAGCGUGCUCGCAUCUGUAAUCGUUCUUGCUACAGCGUACCCUACUAUGCAAGGAGCUGGCAUCGCGAAACGUUCCUCUGUGGAGCAGCGCGAGGAACUGGACGCAGAAGACCGUAACUAUAUCAAAUAUCGGAAAACGGAUGAAGAACAUUUCGGUGAAAUUGACAGCUCGUAUGGCGAUAAAGCCAUCGCGAAACGUUCCUCUGUGGAGCAGCGCGAGGAACUGAACGCGGAAGACCGUAACUAUAUCAAAUAUCGGAAAACGGAUGAGGCGUACUAGGUCCGGCAUCGCUGCAGCCUCACACACAAGAAACUUCCCUUUGUUUCACGUGCUCGUUUUUAAAUUUUGACUCAACUACCUGC